AUGGAGGGAGGAAAUUUCGGCUACUCCCGAGACUAUCUCGACCGCUUCAUCCAAAGCCAAGACUCGUCUGUGGUGAACAAGUUCCAGCAGAAGUACUGGAAAACCAAGCAGACGCUCAUCAAGGUCACCGGGAAGAAAGAGGAUGAGCAUGUGGUGGCGUCGGACGCGGAUCUGGACGCCAAGCUGGAGGUCUUCCACUCCAUCCAGAGGACCUGCAUGGAGCUGCUGAAGGUCAUCGAGCAGUACCAGAGGAGGAUCUGCUUUCUUUCCCAGGAGGAGAACGAGCUCGGUCGCUUCCUGCGCUCUCAGGGCUCGCAGGACAAAACCAGGGCUGGAAAGAUCAUGCAAGCCACGGGGAAGGCGCUCUGCUUCUCCUCCCAGCAGCGAUUGGCUCUGAGGAACCCUCUGUGCCGUUUGUACCAGGAGGUCGAGACAUUUCGCUACCGGGCCAUCUCCGACACCUGGCUGACGGUGAACAGGAUGGAGCAAUCCAGGACCGAGUACCGAGGAGCGCUGCUUUGGAUGAAGGACGUAUCUCAGGAGCUCGAUCCAGACACGCAUAAGCAGAUGGAGAAAUUCCGCAAGGUCCAGGCCCAGGUGCGCACAACCAAAACAAGCUUUGACAAACUGAAGAAUGACGUCUGCCAGAAAGUCGACCUGCUGGGAGCCAGUCGCUGCAACCUCCUCUCUCACGUCUUAACCACGUACCAGACGACACUUUUGCACUUCUGGGAGAAGACGUCCCACACCAUGGCAGCCAUUCACGAGAGCUUCAAGGGCAGUCAGCAUUACGAGUUCUCCACAAUUAAGACCUUACAAGACCCCGCGGACAAGCUGGCUAAAAAGAAGGGGAAGAAGAAAACCAAAGCAGAGUCAGAAGAUGGAAAGAAGGCUGAAACCACAGACGACCAGCUCAUCUCCCUUGUAAAUGAAAACACCAGCGAUAAGACCAGAGAAGAUCUUCUCUCUGCUGAUGCGGAGUUGGAGGGAGAGGAGAAGGACAGCAUGGCUUUGCUCAACGAGAUCCUCGGCGGUUUGUCCGUGGACGACGGCGACUUCUCUCGGGAGUGGACGGAAGUGUUCGGAGAGACCGAGGAGGGAACGAGCGCAGCGUCCGGUAGACCAGCAGAGAGCCAGCAAAAGGAAAACUCCUUCUUUCUACCAUCGCAGCUGCUGGACCAGAGCUUGAAUAAUCUGCAGUCUUCCGUCUCAGAUUGGGCCGGGAUCAUUCCGCAGCCCGUCGCCCCGGCAACAGAGCACUCAUCUGGAGCCAAUCAGAACCCUUCUAAGCCAGCCGUGAAAGAGGCAACGGGGACGUCCAAAGACCUCUCGGCGUGGUUCAACCUCUUCGCUGACCUGGACCCCCUCUCCAAUCCAGACGCAGUCGGCAAAACCGACGCCGAGCACGAGCUUCACAACGCGUAGUUUCUCCCGAGCAUCACGUGAUCUCUUCUAAAGCAGGAACAUUUGUGAGGGGCACAGCUGCAUAUUGCUGCCACCGCGAUGGUACAGAAAACCCGAUCAGACGCACAACCAGCAGGCCUCGUGCAAAAUUACAAGAACUAAACUCACAACUGAUGAGCAGGGAGGCAGAUUAUCUAACAGAGUCCACAAUGGGAAAAUGGCACACACUUGAUUGACUUAAUUCCAAUUCCUUAAUCCUCUGAACCCCCAAAAACGACACCACGUCAGAUACAGAAAGAGGAAACAAAUCAUGCCUGAAGUGCAGUUUUGUCAGGAAAAUUAACCAAAUCAGAUUUAAAACUGCUAUUUUAUUAGGAUCCCGUUAUUUUGCAUGUCUCAUUUAAUAAUUUGUUGUUUUUUUUUUUUUAAAAGCAUUUAAUUCUGCGCUCCAUUUGUGACUCAGCUGCAGCCGUCAAGUAACAAAAAUUCAGGAGACUUUUGAGCUGAGCUGGUAGGAAACAAAUGAAAAAAGUGAGCAGGGAAACAUCUCUAGUAUGUCGAGGCUACAACUGUUCUAAAUGUUGAUUCAAGGUAUUUUCAAUGUUUGGAAAAAAGCUGUUGUUUCCAUAGAGACAUGCAUAUACAGGACUACAUAUAGCAGUGAAAAGAAUCUCACAAAAAGUGUGGAAAAAAAAACACCACUAAGGAAAUUUGGAGUUUAAACCCGACGCUAAAUUUAACUCAUCAUGGCUUUCAAAUUCACUACAUGUUGUUUUAGAUUGCAGGAUGUUAUUGGCAUAUUUGGACACAGCAGCUGAGCAGUUAGAAAAACUGUCUCAUGGUGUCCUGGAUGUUACAGCACCAACAUCCAUCAAUCUGUGACCUUCACGUCUUCCUGACCGACUCUCUGCGUCCGUCACAACGCUGUGCUGCUCUGAUGAAACAGCUGUAAUCCUAAUACAUAUAUAACAUGACGACAGACUAAUGCGCCGUCUGCAGAUGUUCAAAAACAGGAGUUGAAGCUCUGCAGUGUGAUUCCAGUAACAGAGCAAACAGCCUUCUUUAGCAAUUUAGGGGCCUUAAUUAUGCGAAUGAUCGUCUCUCACAAACACGCUCAUUAAGAGUUUAAAUUCAGCUUCACAGGCUCACCAGCAAAUAUCACCGAGUGACAAACUUAGGAUGAGAACACAGACAUGUUGUGAAAGUUAAAUUUCAUACAGAAUAUUUUAAGAAUAAGAAAAGGAUGUUGGUAAUACAAGACAUUAAUGUGGCUAAAGCUCAGAUUUGAUCUCAUGGUGGCAGCAUUAUGCUUCUGGAAACGUCCCACUAACAACCAUCAGCUCUCUUGUGAAAGAAAAGAACCAUUUACAGGAUGACCUUAUGAAGCCUGUCGGCUGUUUCACUGGGUUAAACAUUUCAUGUUCAGCAUGGAUACCUCAGUACGAGUUUGGAACAAUAAGCCUUUGACGUUCGCUGCCUUGGAAAUCUGUAGUCUCUCGUAGCAUUCAUGCUUUAUUUCCCGAUUCUCAUCACUGCAGAUUGCAAACAGGGAAAACUACUUUACAGCGGAGAGAAAGCAAACAUGACAAAGAUCUCAGCGCGGCCGCUCAUGUGUUUACAGAUGUGUGCAACAGGUCGACUGGAGGAGUUUUAACGCAGUCACAGAGAAUUAUUCAGACAUAAACGGAAGCAUAUCUGCCUGCCAUCGAUCUGUUGAACACAGCACGUCUGGAUGGGUGACCUCCAUCCAUCAGACAGCAGAGAGGUUUCCUUCAACACACAAACAGCUUCAUGCUUUCAGAUUUGUUUGCUACAUGCAAUAUUUGUGAUUCCAAUUUAAAUAUAUUCCAGACGUGUGUCGAUUUGUCUUUAAAGCACACAUCUGUCAUCUAUUACUGCAUGUUGCAUGCCUGGUUUUAUGUCAUCCAGUAAUUGUGAUUGAAUGAACAAUAUGUUUUACAUAUAUUGGGAUUUUAUUAUUUUUUCAAAGCAUUCUUUGAUGUUUGCAUUUAUUUAUCAGUUAUUGGGAAGUAUGUGCAGUUUCAGUGCGUUACUCUACCAGCAGAAGAACGUUUGACAACUAUGAAAAUACAAUCUUUGACUGGUAUCGACUCCAAUGCUGCAGAAAUUGAAUAUAUAGAUCAGAGUAAAUGCCUUAAUCUACUCACACCAAGAAUAUAGAACCUCAGAACUAUCUGAUUCCUUGUACAGUAUAUUACAAAUGAGUGUCGAUUUAUUUUGUUGGAACUUCUCGUGUCCUUUUUGACGUUGAAGCCAUGCGGCAUUCGUUGAUGUCCGGUUAGAACCAAACCCAUCGAUUGCCUUACCUUGACUCCUCUGUGUACAUAAAUGCCAUGCUUAUUAUUACUGAUCAUUAGUCUUUGUGUACGGCCUUUAAAAAAAAAAAAACAGAUUACAUACCGAUCCAAACAGACACACGUUUUGUUUUCUUUAUUGAAAAACACACAAGAUCUACAUAAAAACGUGUAAUACACAGGAGAACUGGAUCAUCAUCAUCAUCGCCAAACACGGCAACCAUCUUUUAACUGCGCUGCACAAUUAGCUUGUGAACAAAGUCAGAAUUAGUACGAUUGAAACUCCCGGAGUUGCAAGCAGAACAUUUAAUUUAUGUGGCAUGCGCAGCACAUGUUGUUCAUGUUUGUGUUUGUGUGUGUGUGCAAGUGGUCGAUGAGACAAAAGGUCUGGAAUGAAGUAUUUACUAGUUAAAUCCUCAUCACAGUUUAACUGGUACACAUCAGUCACGCUUUUGUUUUUUGCUUUAAUAUGUUCUGAAUACUGAACUUGUGCGAGUAGUUUUAGGCCACAUGUGGUGGAGACUGUACGAGCCGGCCGUGUGACACAAUGUUUUAGUGUAGCUUUACUUCAAACAAUAAUUAAUUGCACUCUCUUUUUCUGAUUGCUUUAAAUUGGUCUAAAAUAAAAACAGUGAUUAUCAUUUCACUUCCAAAUAAGUGCUUAGGCUUGGUUGUAAUGACUGGAGCCUGUGUCUGAAACACAAUGAGCCGCUGUUUGUUUACAUGUCGCUGAAUUGUUCAUAUACAAACUGAAAUACACAAACAUUCUUCUUCUGGCACAAAACGGUGUCCCGCGUGUUCCCAAUCCAUGUCAGGCCUUUCAUCGUUUCGCAAUUUGCUUUGGUACAUAUUUAACAAAGAGGGGGUUAAACAAAAGACAUAAUUGUCAACCUGUAAAUGUGGGAGGGUGCAGCUUAUGGAGCCAGUCCUGUUGACCGAUGCAACAGCCAUCUCUGGAAUGUGUCGUAGCACCUGAAGCUCUAACCUGAACGCGGUAACUUGUCCGACAUCAAUCGAUUGAUUCAGUCUGUCAUAACGUCCCUCUGCAGGGCAAGAAUUAAACGUUUCUGCAAAAAGACUGGAAUGUCGUUUUGUAGAAGAAAGUCAUGAACACUGGGGAAAGGCAACAGAGUCCAACAAGUACAUUCUACAUGACCUGAGUUAUUGUUCUGGGUAGUGUGGGGCAAAAAAAAAA